AUGACAUUCUUGAAAUACCCCUUGUUCUGGAACUUCAAGAAGCCCGGCGAUAAUGACUGGCAUCCGCGCGUAGGUCAAGGCGCUGCGAGGAACGUUGAUACCCUCCCAGGGUUUCUCCAACGUACCGAUCUUACUGCCACUUUAGUCGAUGCCGCGCCAUUCGUCGCAGGCGUUGGGGCAUUUCGACACGCAUCACAGAUGUUCGAUUUUGGCUUCACGGCACACGCGAACGUUUUCCGGAAUCCAAAAACUAUGAAUUCCAUGCAUAGAUCGGUUGUGUUCUUCGUUCCUCUGACAUUGGUCUUGCAAGGGGCUGGAGUGGAGUAUAGAACAUUGAUUCCGCGCUGGUGUCACGAGAGGGAACGCCAGAGGAAUGAGGAUGAGGUGAGGCAGCAUGUAGAUGCUGGUGCUUACCUUGGCAGCUUGAGUUGGGUGGUAAGGAUGGCGUUCAAGGUUGGGGUCAGGUAUUGGGCGCCUAUUGAUGUUGUGCUUGGUGGCGCAUUGAGCGAUGUGCUUCACAGAGAGUACAACAGGACGCACGACUUCUGA